UUUUAAAUAAAAUGUUUACUUUUGUUUGACAAGCUAUAAAAUUCAUUUAGUAUCGAAUAUAAUUUAAAACAACAAUCACUAAGCAGUGUUUCUAUUUUUACAAGCCAAGUGCAUUUAACUAAACGGAAAAGUUUCUUCCUUGAGACUUUGAAUGAGAGAUUGGUUCUUUGCAAAAAAAAAUAAUUAAUUAAUUAGAUCACCUAUAAAUAACAUCGCUUAGACCAUGUUCACAUUUAACUAUAUCUUCAUAACCAUUAGUUCAUUGGAUUACAUAUGAAUAUUAACAGUGUAAUAAUAAUUUUAAUAGACCGCCGGCGGACAAAGGUUAUACUUGCCCUGGAUGUGGCACAGCUCGGACCUCGUAGCCACGGGAAAUGCUACCAUCCUCAUUAAUCUUCGGACUCGAACACUAGCCUUAUUGUUGUGGUAACAUGUCGUCAGUGCGACUAACCAAACACUAGUUUCUAGUAUUUUAAGUGAACCAUAUUUCUUUAUUAACAAAACUGGUAUAACUAAAUAAUCUGUUUAACUCUAUUAUGUUGAUUUUUAUGCUUAAACAGAUGUUGUCAGGGAUCUUGACCCCCGGCUGUACGUGGCAGCUUUACCCAGGCUGUCCAGAGCAGGAACUCAACAAGGGCUACUUCAAAUGACUUCUAACUUUAAUGACCGUGUCGUUGUCUGGUUCAAGGUCAGCUUCAACGUGAGCUCUGCGCAUAUAACAAAGCUCCCUCUGGCACCAAGAACAGCUGUCAACCUGUAUUUUAAUGAAAGCGGUUUAGGGCACUCUUCAAGUAAUGUUUCAAUGUCGAGAGGAUAUCAUACAUAAAUCUUUAUAGAAAAAAUGUGGGUAUUAAAAUACAAUUUAGGUUACACUUACACAAAUAUAUGACUAGACCAAGGAGCACAGAGGCGACCUCCUACGACAUACGGCCACGCACAUGUUGUGGUCACCUCGAUGACAGAAACUAAGUAUGUGUAUAUAAUGAGUGUUUGAAGAUCGGAGGUUUGUAGGCUAUGUCGCAUUUUCGCUCAAUCUUUUGGGGGUGGUUCAGCAAUAACCAUAAUAUUUGGUAUAGUAGUAAUACUGAGGUGGGCAGUUGAAUUAUCUUUUGUUGGGACCAAUAUUAUUAUCUUAUUAUAUCUCUUCUUAUCUUAUCUUACCUUAUCUAAUUUGUUAACAUAAAGAUUUAUCUAUUUUUUCCAGGCGUCUAUUCCCAGUAUAUUGAGAUCAACUCUAGCCAGCCAGUGACCAUUAUUCUGUAUAUAAUGGACCAAACAGCAAUGAGUUCCACCUUGCUGUACCCUUCCUUCAUGUAUUCGUCAACGCGUCCAACGUCACAUAACUUUCCAUCCACGAAAGAUAAAUCAACAUCUCUAACAAUCACAUCAAUGUCCACUGGAAUAAAUAACAUUACAGUGAUUCUCAACGUCCAAGAACAGUCAAGUCUAGUCUCUCUUGGCACUAGUCCCAUAAUGUUUGGCAGUGUUGACACUAUAACAGCAAGCCUAGAGUCAUUGCACCAGUCCUUGAAUAUAAACCAACGAUCAAAUCUCAAUGGAACCUAUCUGUAUGCUACAACACCUGCUCUGGUGACUCUGGGAACACUAGGGUCUAGGACUGACCAGAUGGACAUAGACUCCACACUAGACAUAAUCCUUCCGUUGGCAUCUAUUGGUGAGGACUACUUUCUAUUUCCUACAGACAUAGACCCUGCUAGCACAGAGACUAUCAUUCAAUGUCAGGCAGUCUUUGAUUGGACCUACGUCAUUAUACCUAUUGUUGAGCCCAUCUCUUUCCUGCUACCCUCUACUGGUGACAUCCACCAACAAUCCUUGAACAACAGACACUUUUAUCGUAUUUAUGGCAAUGCAAGUUUUUAUGUCUAUCAGAUUUCCACAAGACUUUCAGGUGGCCACCUAGACACGUGUAUGACUUCGUUGUUACCAUCAAGUCUCUGGAGAGAUGAAUAUGAUAUUGCCAAAGUUCCUGAUGCCUAUGCAGUCAAUAUUUAUAUUAUAGCUGAGGCCACUUUACCUUUAGAUCUAGUGACCAAUGAUACGUCAUUAGAGUGGACAUGUCAAAGUAUUCCCGGAAGUAACUACUCCGGAUGUUCCACCAGACUUCCCAGUGAAGUCACUUACCUACAUCUACAGCUCAAAGAUAAGAAAGUCAUGUUUGGAGCGUACCUUUUAGGUCAAGGUGACACUUCAGUGUUCUGUCAUUCUGUGGGUGUUUCAGACAUCGCCAUCUCUUCUAACGAUUUAAAUUUCCCACACGAGAUCUACUUACAAAGACUUCGAAAUCGUCAUAAAGAUUCAUGCGACAAUACACUGACCACAGAACAAACUGUCACAUCUACUGAGGUCACGAACCAGGAUACAUCUCAUCAUAAUUCAAGCAUAUCUCAAGAUGUCACCACUAUCGUACCAGAAUCUUUCACAGAGGUCACUGCAGAUCCAACUUCAUCGUCGUCGUCUUCAAGUGUAACAACUUCCCCAGCCAAGAACACGCUGGCUACAUCAACGCCAGACAUCCACGAGAAAACGGAAGCCAUUGUUUCUUUUCUGAAAGAGGACUAUCAAGGACUUUCAUCCUAUAAGCGAGCUCGGAUCUCAGUUCCUGAUACAAGAAUUUCUUCACAAGUGAUUGGAGCAACUGGAAUCGCUUUUUUGACAUGUGCUUUAGUAUUACUGUCCUAUUCAGAUAUUAUUUCCCUCAUACGCUUUAUAAUACUUUUGAUAAAGAAAGAAAAGUAA